GCCAACACUAAAAUAUAGAGCUCCUCGAACCAAAAAAACAGAGCUCUCAAAAUCUCACCAAACUAGUAUUUCCAAAAACUCGCUAAAAUCUUUUUUGUAUAGUAGUAUUUUCAACAUUAAUUUUUUUGCUUUACUAAAAAAUUAGUCGACAUGACUUCCUUUGUUCGCCGUUUAACGGUCGGUUCAACGAUACCCCACGUUCCGGUUCAUCAUCAGAAGUUUAAACCAACGAUUGAGAUUCCUGCCUUCCCUCUGUUGCCUCACAAUAACCAACGGCCGUUAGGAAUCGCUCUGAGAUCGAGAAAGUAUUGGAGAGUGGAGGCAGUGGGGCCGGUUGGAAGAUCGGAGGGCGGAGAUGGCACGAAGAAGGCAGGAGGGGGACCAGGACCAGGCCCAUGCUCAUAUUCAUUGGGGGACCGGACGACCGAGGUAGAGAGGAGAGAGAGAAAUCGGACGGUGGAGGUGGUGGUUGCAGCGGGGGUGACGGUGGUAUUGGGAGUAGGGAAUCGGGUGCUGUAUAAGCUGGCUUUGGUUCCUCUCAAGCAUUACCCUUUCUUUCUGGCUCAGCUCGCCACAUUCGGGUAUGUGCUUGUAUACUUUUCUGUAUUGUAUCUCCGGUAUCAUGCUGGCAUAGUUACAGAUGAGAUGCUUUCCAUGCCAAAAGCUCCAUUUCUUGCUGUCGGCCUUUUGGAGGCUCUUGGUGCUGCAACUGGAAUGGCAGCUGGAGCAAUUCUAUCUGGGGCUUCUAUUCCAAUUUUAUCUCAGACAUUUCUUGUGUGGCAAAUUCUCCUAUCCAUUAUCUUUCUUGGAAGGAGAUAUAGAAUAAACCAACUACUUGGAUGCUUUCUUGUGGCUGUUGGUGUAAUUAUAUCCGUAGCAAGUGGAUCCAGCAGUGGUCAUUCACUGAAGGAAGCUGGCAUGUUUUGGAGUUUAUUGAUGAUAGUUUCCUUUUUAUUUCAAGCGGCUGAUACUGUUCUGAAGGAAGUGAUCUUUUUGGAUGCUGCACAGCGAUUAAAAGGUGGUUCAAUAGAUCUAUUUGUUGUAAAUUCCUAUGGAUCUGCAUUUCAAGCAUUGUUCAUUUGCCUGCUUCUACCCUUUUUAUCAAAACUUUGGGGCAUCCCAUUUAGCCAGCUUCCAAACUAUCUUAAAGAUGGUGCAGCUUGCUUCUUGAACAUUGGUGGCACUUUAUCAAGCAGAUGUGAUGGUGCACCACUACUGCCCUUGCUGUUUGUUAUUGUGAACAUGGGUUUUAACAUAUCUUUGCUACAUCUUCUCAAGAUUUCUUCUGCUGUGGUUUCUUCACUUGCAUCCACUUUUUCGGUGCCUAUUUCAGUCUAUGUGUUCACGUUGCCGCUGCCGUAUCUCGGUGUUGCAUCAUCGCUUCCAACUGGUUUUGUAGCAGGAGCAAUCAUCCUUGUUACAGGGUUGCUUAUUUAUGCUUGGACACCAUCUGGUUCAACCGCGGCCCUGCCCUCACCCUCCAACUAGAAUGUGAUAAUCCAUAGUUAUCACCAAUUGGCAUUUAUUGAAGAGCAAAAUAAAAUCAAUAACAUCAUAUCAUAUCAAGUAAAGCCAGAGCAAAGCCUGACCCUCCAAAUGUCUGAAUUACGGGAAGAUGAGAUGUUGCAUUUGUAUUUGUAGGCUCCUUUGUUGUAAAAUGUUUGGUGUGUGUGCAUACUUGUAUGCAAGUUGAGUUGAAAAUUAAAAAAAGAAAAAGAAAAAGAAAUUUACAACAAAAUUCUAGAAUGCUUAUAAUGCGAUCCCAUUAGGAUUGUCUUUGUUUGUUUGUUUAUUUGUUUUUCUCAUUUUUCUUAAUGUUAACGACAUUUUAAAUAUUUAUAUAUAUAUAAAAAAAGAAAA